AUGGUCAAUAUUCCAAUCAUUAACCCACUACACUGGGGGUAUCAUGGGACAGUCGAACAAGCUGUUAGUCCUAACGGAACAGUUAAUCUCAAGUUGAAAGAUUCCAAAGCUGGUUCGUCGAACAAAGGUUCACAGCUACAUGAGUUCAUUGGCGAACAAGUUCCGGAAUUAAGCAACAAUGCCAGGUUCGAACUCAAUCCUUACUUGUUUACGGGUAUCUUGCAAACAAUGUACUUGGGCAGCGCUGACUUCUCAAAAUCGUUCCCAGUCUUCUAUGGAAGAGAGAUAGUUAAUUAUUCUGACGGCGGUAUUUCCACUGCAGAUUGGGUUAUGGCGGGCUGGAAGCAGAAGUACGAUUUCGCUGAAAAUGAUGCUAAAUUUAAUCUCGAGCAGUUUAAGAAGGACGAGGAAUCCACUCAUCCCGAGAACUGGCCUCGUUUACACCCACGUACACGUUUUUUGAAUGACGAAGAACUUAAAGGAGUGCAUGCAGAAACAAAACCCCUAAUAGUUGUUCUGCAUGGGCUAGCUGGAGGCUCUCACGAACCUAUCAUCAGAUCUCUAACGAAGAACUUAUCAGAAAUUAGCAAUGGAAAGUUUGAUGUGGUCGUUCUGAAUACACGUGGCUGCGCGAGAUCUAAGAUCACCACACGCAAGUUGUUCUAUGCCUAUGCAACAGAUGAUAUUAGAGAGUUUCUAAAGAGAGAAAAAGAACGUCAUCCUGGAAGGAGAAUCUUCACAGUAGGAUAUUCUUUCGGGGGUACAAUUCUUGGCAACUAUCUUGGUGAGGAUGGAGAAAAUGCACCCGUGGAUGCAGCUGCUAUUUUAUGCUGCCCAUGGGAUCUUUACACAGCUUCGCUUAAGAUGAGAGAUGACUGGUGGUCCAGAAAACUUUUCUCAAAGAAUAUUGCCCAGUUUUUAACGAGGUUGGUAAAGGUUAACAUGGGAGAAUUAGAAUACACCCAAGGGAAGGAUGAGCCUCCUGCUUAUCCAGCCAGUAUCGAACAUCCCUCUUAUACUGUUUUCACACGUGAGAAUUUGAAGAAAGCCUAUUCAUUUAAUUCAACAGUUGAAUUUGAUGAUGUCUAUACGGCGCCUUGUCUUGGAUACAAGAACGCUCUAGAAUAUUAUAAAGCCGGGGGCUCUAUUAACAGAUUGCCAAACAUCAAAGUUCCAACACUAAUUAUAAACUCUAAAGACGAUCCAGUUGUUGGGGAAGAAGCCAUUCCUGUAGUACCCGCCAAAGAAAAUGUAAAUGUGACGCUAUGCAUAACUGACAUUGGUGGGCAUUUGGCGUACCUUGAUAAAAAAUACAAUUCUUGGGCGGGCGCACAAAUUGCUCAAUUUUUUAACAAGUUUGAAGAACUAGUUCAAUAG